AAUGUUUCUCUGUGUUUCUCUCUCUCACACACAAACCAAAGAACAUAGCCUCUCACGUGUAGUAGUUUCUGUAGCUUAAGAAAUUUAUACAAUUUGAUUCGUACGGCCACUUGGCUUUUGUUACUUCAUUUCCUUCUGGUUUUCAAGCCUUUAUAAACCCCAUUGAACCCUUUACCAAUUUAGCCAAUUUUUGAGAGAGAAAAUCAAUAGUAGGGUAUUUCAGAAAACAAAAAAAGAGAGGAAAAAUGGCUCUUGAAACUGUUGUUUUCCAACAAGAUCCUUUCACUUAUAGCCACAAAGAUAUUUACAAUCUUGGUGGCUUUUUUCAUGAAUAUAAUUGGGAUUCUUCUCAUUCUUCAAUAGCACAAAGCUAUAAUAACAACUCUUCAUCUCCUGAAGUUUGCACCGGAUUCUUGCCGGCUGAAUAUCCUCCGGUGGAGACUCCGGUUGUUUCCUGCCGGAGAAAAAGACGGCGCACUAAAUGUUCUAAGAACAAGGAGGAAAUAGAAAACCAAAGGAUGACUCACAUUGCUGUCGAAAGAAAUCGCCGCCGGCAAAUGAACGAUUACCUCGCCGUUCUCCGAUCAUUGAUGCCUCCUUCUUAUGCUCAAAGGGGAGACCAAGCAUCAAUUGUUGGAGGCGCAAUUAAUUUUGUAAAAGAACUUGAACAACUCCUUCAAUUCUUGGAAGCUCAUAAACAAGAAGUUAAAAAGCAAUCAUCACCAAAUAAUGCUUCUCAACAUCCCUUCUCUAAGUUCUUCACUUUUCCUCAAUACGCAACCGCAAACAACCACCCGAUGGCCACCGCCUACGACGGGGCAACGACGGAGGAGAGGCGGUCGGCGGUGGCAGACAUCGAGGUGACAAUGGUGGAAAGCCAUGCUAAUGUUAAGGUUUUGUCAAGGAGAAGACCAAAACAAUUAUUGAAGAUUGUUAAUUGGUUACAAGCUAUGUGCUUUACAAUUCUUCACCUCACUGUUUCAACAGCUGAUCAUACGGUUCUUUACUCAUUCAGUGUCAAGGUGGAAGAUAAUUGUCAGCUAAAUACAGUGAGUGAGAUAGCAAGUGCUGUACAUGAAAUGGUGGCCAUGAUAAUUAAGGAGGAGGCUAUGUCUUGUUGAGAUGACCUGUCUCUUCUUCUUGUUCCCCACCCCCCAAUGAAAAAACAAAUAUUAAAAUUAAAGCUAUUUCUUCUCAAGAUUGUAUGUAUAAUUUCUUGUCAUUAUCAAAUCAUUGCUUUCUUUAGAUUAUUGAAGACAUUAUUUAUUGUAGUACUUAUGUACAAACUCCAACAAAAUCCUCCUCUCCUAACGCCCACCAAACACUUGCCACAUGGCCUGGUAACUUAGUUUUGAGAAUGUUUGUUUGUUUUUUCCUACAAUUAUUUUCUAUAUAGGGACGUUCUGGGUGAUUUUAUA